AUGGAGAUACUAGCAACUAGGAAGUGUACUCCCACGUCGAUAAAGUUUCUGAAGGGGUUUCUCUUGGCGAAGCGUCCCUUCAGCAGUGAGGGGAACAUUUUGCAAAGAGGAUGGAGACUAGUUGAAUCUCGAAGGGUAGCUGAACGCCCUGUGUAUCGAGUUGGUGACGAUCGUCCCAUCUAUAUACCGAGAGAGGCUUUGAAGUACCCUGACUACCCGUACGGAGACCCGACUGUCUUCAAGCAGAGCAGCCGCGGGCUGUACGGUGGAGCUGUGAAACAGUUUGGGAACCGGAUUUCCGAAUCGAAGCACAAGAUCCGGCGGACUUGGAUGCCCAACAUUAUACGGAAAUCACUGUGGAGUGAAGCGUUGAACCGAUUAGUGAGGAUGCGGCUCACUGCCAAAGUGUACCGCACCAUCAGUAAAGAGGGUGGUCUGGACAGGUACUUGUUGAAGGACAAACCUGCACGAGUCAAGGAACUAGGUCCCUUUGGUUGGCGUCUCCGGUACGAUGUGUUGAAGGCGCUUGAAAAGGGGGCCCCAGUGGAGAAGGCGGCGGUGCCCUCUGUUCCUCAAUUUGAGGGUGAAAUCGGUGGUAAACAGGUAAGCGUGCACUGUACGCGGGGUAAGCUUCUACAUUUGCUGUACCCAUUGGAACGACUAGAACAAGAAUCCCUCGGGAACCAGACUUUCACUAGACGGAAAUUUCGCGAGAUGUACUACAAGUUUGACGUGAAGCAAGUACUAGAGAAAUUGAACGAGUACGAGUACGACCUGAACAGCUUGCACGGUGGUGCUGCCGAGUAG